GGAGCGCUUCUCUGAGGAUGGCUACCGCACUGUGGCCCAGGGCACCAAGAAAGAAGGCUGCACCAUCCUCUUCAUGAUCCUCUACUUCUUUGGCAUGGCCAGCUCCAUCUGGUGGGUCAUCCUGUCCCUCACCUGGUUCCUGGCUGCUGGCAUGAAGUGGGGCCACGAGGCCAUCGAGGCUAACUCUCAGUAUUUCCACCUGGCUGCCUGGGCUGUUCCCGCUGUCAAAACCAUCACCAUCUUGGCCAUGGGGCAGGUGGAUGGGGACGUACUCAGUGGGGUGUGUUAUGUAGGUAUCUACAGCGUGGACUCGCUGCGGGGCUUUGUGCUGGCGCCCUUGUUUGUGUACCUCUUCAUUGGAACUUCCUUCUUGCUUGCUGGCUUCGUGUCCUUGUUUCGCAUCCGCACCAUCAUGAAGCAUGACGGCACCAAGACAGAGAAACUGGAGAAGUUGAUGGUGCGCAUUGGUGUCUUUAGCGUCCUCUACACGGUGCCUGCCACCAUUGUCCUGGCAUGUUACUUCUACGAGCAGGCCUUCCGUGGCACCUGGGAGAAGACGUGGCUCCUCCAGACCUGCAAAACCUAUGCUGUGCCCUGUCCUAGCCACUUUGCCCCCAUGAGCCCGGACUUCACUGUCUUCAUGAUCAAGUAUCUCAUGACCAUGAUUGUUGGUAUCACAACUGGCUUCUGGAUCUGGUCGGGCAAAACCCUUCAGUCCUGGCGACGCUUCUACCACAGACUCAGCACUGGCAGCAAAGGCGAGACAGCAGUAUGAG